UGAAGGAGUUGGUGCCUACAAAAAGGAGUUGGUGCCUACAAAAAGGAGUUGGUGCCUACAAAAAGGAGUCGGUGCCUACAAAAAGGAGUUGGUGCCUACAAAAAGGAGUUGGUGCCUACAAAAAGGAGUUGGUGCCUACAAUAAGGAGUUGGUGCCUACAAUAAGGAGUUGGUGCCUACAAUAAGGAGUUGGUGCCUACAAUAAGGAGUUGGUGCCUACAAAAAGGAGUUGGUGCCUACAAUAAGGAGUUGGUGCCUACAAUAAGGAGUUGGUGCCUACAAAAAGGAGUUGGUGCCUACAAAAAGGAGUUGGUGCCUACAAAAAGGAGUUGGUGCCUACAAAAAGGAGUUGGUGCCUACAAUAAGGAGUUGGUGCCUACAAUAAGGAGUUGGUGCCUACAAUAAGGAGUUGGUGCCUACAAUAAGGAGUUGGUGCCUACAAUAAGGAGUUGGUGCCUACAAAAAGGAGUUGGUGCCUACAAAAAGGAGUUGGUGCCUACAAAAAGGAGUUGGUGCCUACAAUAAGGAGUUGGUGCCUACAAUAAGGAGUUGGUGCCUACAAUAAGGAGUUGGUGCCUACAAUAGGAGCCAUUACUAUUGCUCUCUAUUCACUGUACAUGGCUCUGGUCAAAAGAAACACACUGUAUGGAAUACGUGUUCCGAUAGGGCGCUGGACCGAGUCGCACCAUGAAGACCCAGAAGGCCGGGGCCCCCGGGAGCCCAACGCCAAGCUCUCCUUCCCCACGCCAACGGAUGUCUGGUUUCAGCCUUCGGGGCCGGAAGAAGAAGGAGGGCCUGAUCCAAGGCAAGCUGCGGAUCCGCUCUGUGCCAGGAGCCUUCCUAGUGCUGGGGGUCAUUGUGGUGGUGGUGGGCACGGCUCUGGCAGUGGCUGGGUACUGGCCCUACCGGUCCCACCGAUCAUCACAGCUCCUUGGACUUGGACAACAAGGCUCUGGUUCUGUGGACAGAGCAGCAGGAGGUAGAGGUAAGGGUGUCUCUGAGCCCCAGUCAUCCGGUUGGAACCUGGGGGCUAAGAGACUCCUGACCACGGCCAGUCUGAUCCACAGUGAGCGGAUGAAGCUCCUGGGACCAGUCAUCAUGGGCGUGGGGCUGUUCAUCCUCAUCUGUGCCAACACGGUGCUGUACGAGAACCGCGACAGAGAGACCCAGAUGCUGCUGGCCCAGAUGCAGAGCGUCAUCUGUUCAGUGUCGGCGGCCGUGCCCUCGGCCGACCUCUCAGACAUGUCAGCAGCCAACUCCAUGGCCAGACACUACCAGUGGGUGAGCAGUCUGCCUGCCACCCACCUUAACAUCCUCUGUCUGCAGCAGCUGGCCAGCUCAGAGCCCCUGCUGCAGACGACCAGAGACAGCAGGGAGGAGGAGGAGAGGGCUGACUAUACGUACCAGCAGGCCACCGUACAGACGGAGGCUCUACACCACCAGGAGUCAGCCUCCACCCCUUCCCUCCACUCCUCCCAUUCCAACUCCUGCAACUCCAGCAAGACAGACUUCAACACGCUGUGGGGCGGUGGUGAGCCAGGCGUAGGGGGCUCCAGCCCAGACCCCCAGCCCGCUCACCUCUUUAAGCUCCACAACUGUCUGGUGUCAGCCAGCUCCAUGUCCACUCUGGGAGGGGACGACUGGGAGCGGUCGGAGGUCACAGCCAUGCUUCCCAGGCGCUCCUAUAGUCUUAGCUACAGGACUAACCCAGGCCCCCACGGGCCCCAGACUGUAAUACGUCUACAGGAAGGGGCCACGCGACCCGGGGGACCUGGGGCGGACCCACAGAUAGUGCAGCACAAGCCCACGCGGAGGGAGCGCAGCUUGGACGUGUGUGUGAACAUGGUUGGAUGUGUGGAGACCCCGGAGCUCACCCCCGUAGAGGAACAGAGGCAUCGCAGCUGGCCCCGGUUAGACCUGGGCUGUGCCCGCAGGUACCUGAAGCUGGACAAUAAGGAGGACUCGGUGGACAGACUGCUAGACCAGUUGGAGCAGCAGUGUUCUCAGUGGGAUAAGAGUUUCGGCUCAGGGCCUUUUCAAUGAGACCCAGUAAGGGCCCCAUAUCUCAAUAUGGCCCCAUAUCAGGGUCCUCUUGUCUGUUUUUUAAAAGCAGCUUAUAAAGAAAGACCCUCAUGGAUGCUGAUAUAUCGACGACCAGGAGUAGGAGCUGUUUCUGAUGGAUUAUAACACUGACUCCUCAACCCGAGAAACCCUUUUAUGUACGACACCGAAUUCCUCUCCACAGUGUCGAGCAGCUUCCAAAUCUGAAGAUACAAACCUUUUAGAAACCUUGUUUCUCGGACUUCCCAUGGCGUGGAUAUAUAAACACAAGUGUUGGAGGACUGCAGACCAAUGGGAUCAGUUUGGCAGACAUUCUGUUUUAAGAGGGGAACAAUACUCCAUACUGUCAAAGAUACGUUGGAGACAUUUCCCAGUCUGUUUACUGGGUGGCAGUUAGGCUUGACACUUGGCAACACUGAAGGAAUCAAUUUGUCUUUCAUUGCCAAGGCAUUGCUUGUUUCCAGGACACAACAAGCACAUCCGAAUGUGGGAGGUGGAAAACGCAUUAUAACGAGGGACUGUCUUCACUGUGUAAUCUAUUUAAAAACCAAACUACUCAAAUCUGUCGGCGAGCCUUAGAUGUGCUUCUGAUAACAGCUAGUACAAUAAAACACAUGUUCCAUAGACCAAAA